AUGAGUCUGACGACUAAAGGUGCUAAGACCGGCACAGGGGACACUGGAUGUAUGGAUACCAAUCCGACAUCGGGGUCUACUGACCACAGUAAUUCCACCGGAAUUACAGGUGGUGCAUCUAUGGAGACUUCCCUCAACAACGAUAAAUUUUUGUUCGAUUGUGAUCACUUGAUCUCAUUUUGUACACAAUUUGAACAAAGUGACAUUUCUGACCAAACCGACUCGGUUUUGGAGGUGAAACUAGAGGACUUGGAGAGCCGUUGGCAAAGGCUACAGGCAACUUAUGAAGGUGUUAUGCUGUCUCCAAGGUCUUCGAACACCAGGGACUUCAGGGAAAAUGCGAAGAUAAAUUUCAACGCCAGUUCUGAGGCGUAUUACACAGCCAGAUCUCAAAUUCUGGAUAUUCUCAGAAUAGCUAGCGGGAAUACUAGACAGUCUACGAGACACAGUCUUAUCCCCAGUUAUAUACCACAACAGCAAUAUAUUCCUCAAAACACGUCUCUGGAAGUCUCAAACAGCUGCAUUAAGGUACCGCCUUGUGACACUGAGAUUUUCAAAGGAGGCUACGAGGAAUGGCCGUCAUUCCGUGAUAUGUUCACGGCAGUCUAUGUUAACCACCCCAAGUUAACGAAAGCUCAGAAACUUUACCAUUUGCGGAAUAAAACCAGAGGUGCCGCUGGUGCAAUCGUCAAAAGGUACACCUUAUGUGACGAGAAUUUCGACAUAGCAUGGAGUGCUCUGAAAUCCCGCUACGAAAACAAGCGUGUGCUUGUUGACAAUCAACUGAAGAUGCUUUUUAACAUUCCUACAGCAACAGUAGAGAAUAGUGAUUCCAUUCAGAGAAUCCAAUCGGCAGUAAAUGAUUGUCUGUGUACUCUCAAGACACUUGACGUUGACGUCGAAAGUUGGGAUCCGAUUUUGAUAUAUCUGGUAUCGACGAAAUUACCAGAUGAAACUCUUUCUCUUUGGGAACAAUCUUUGAAAUCCCACCGAGAUUUACCGACAUGGAACCAACUUGACGAGUUCCUCAUAAACAGAUUCGAGGUUGUAGAACGCAUCACCAGCAUUAAGUCUACGAAACAACAGAAUAACAUCCCGUCUCAAAAUUCUGCCAAGACUCAGUCACCAAAUAACUCAUCUGCCAAAAUUCAAACGUAUCACUCCCAAGAGAAACUAAAUUCGUCAUGUCCUGUUUGUGUUUCCAAACAUUCAAUUAGGACUUGCCCAGAUUUUCGCAAAUUUACAGCACAACAGCGUAUAGACUUUGUCUACAAGAAUAAAAUUUGCAAUAAUUGUUUGGCCUCAAACCAUCUAAAAGCAAGUUGUAAAAGCAAAAAUACAUGCAUUAUUUGUCACAAAGCACAUCACAGUCUUCUCCAUCUUAGGAAAACCACUGAUAACAACAAUAAUGUCUCUCAACCACAAACUUCCGAGACGAAGUCAAGUGACGCAGAACCAAAUUAUCAGUCACAAGACAAUAUUCCUUCUACAUCAAGACAAAAUCGUCCUUCCGGUGUUCAAGCAAAUUUUGCCUCAAACAACGAUAUGAUUCUUCUAAGGACAGCUUUAGUCCAAAUUGAACAUCAGGGAGAAUUAUUCACUGUUAGAGCCCUAAUAGACCCGGGUUCUCAACGAACAUUUAUCUCAAAACGAAUUCAGAAUUUAUUACAAAUUCCCACUACUAAAGCCCAAUUCGAAAUUUUCGGUAUUGGAGAACAAACUCAGAUCUCUGACAAAGAAUGUCAAUUAGUGGUGGUAUCCGAAAAACACGAUGUACGUUUCACUAUUUCAGCAAUUGUGCUGCCAAAAUUAACCAGACGUUUACCGUCUUACUCAUUCAAAAUACCACAUCCUUCAGAUUUAGAAGAUCUCGAUCUGGCGGAUCCCCAUUUUAAUAAAUCAGCCCAAAUUGAUUUAGUUCUUGGCAAUGAUUCCGAACGUUUCAUCAAUAUUGAAGGAAUCAAGAAGAAUAUUUGUGGUGACACUUCAGCAUACAAUACUAUAUUCGGUUGGGUGCUCAGUGGCCCAAUGCGAGCUGAAACUGUAUUCUCUUUCUCUGUGAACGUUCUCAAACCAGAAGAACCCGCAAUAAGCGAUCUUCUCAGGAAGUUUUGGGAACAGGAAGAAAUACCCUCGUCUCCUCUCGUCUCAGAUUCUGAUGCGUUCUGUGAAGAAUUCUACAGGAAAACUACAACUCGAAUAUCGGACGGUCGUUAUAUGGUGAGGUUACCGUUCAAAGACGAAUUCUCAUACUCUUUGUAUUUAGGAUCGUCUAGAUUCUUGGCUCUUGCUCAGUAUAAUCGUAUGGAGCAAAAUCUUUCGAAAGAACCCGAAUUAGAAUCUCAAUACAACGCUGUUUUAGGCGAAUAUCUGACUCUUAAUCACAUGGAAGAAACGUCUUCUCGUGAGAUAUCCAUGGAGGGUAAAUUUAACUCUUUUUAUUUACCCCAUCACGCCGUUGUACGCCCUGAGCACAAGUCGACGAAAGUCCGAGUUGUUUUCAACGCUUCUCGAAGGACAAAGUCUGGCUACUCAUUGAAUGAUGUACUUCACGUAGGACCCACAUUGCAGUCUGAUUUGACUUCUGUGCUUCUCAAUUGGAGGAAGUACCGAUACGUUUUCUGUGGAGACAUCCAGAAAAUGUACAGACAAAUUCUUGUUCAUCCCCACGACAGACCAUACCAGCGGAUAUUGUUUAAACCCGAAGCGAAUGGUCCGGUUAAGGACUAUCAACUUAGGACCGUCACUUUUGGCGUAAAUUGCGCUCCGUUUCUCGCUAUACGUACACUGUUACAACUGGCGUCAGAUUCAGAACACGAUUAUCCUCAUGUCGCAGGUAUUCUCAGACGAGAAACCUAUGUCGACGAUAUAUUGUCCGGAGGCUUCUCUGUGGACGAAGCGGUCCAAGCCCAGAAGGACCUGCUUGUGGUUUUGAAACAAGCAGGAUUUCCCCUUAGGAAGUUUAUUGCCAACGAUAAUCAGCUACUGGCUCAUCUCUCACCUGAGGAUCUUUACGAUUCUGAAUUUUUACGCUUCCAGGAGUCAAGUUCAGCUAAGACGCUGGGAAUCAAAUGGAACGCUUUAACUGACACUUUUGGUUAUUCCGUCAAACCCGUUGAGUCAAGUCAUGAAAUGACGAAACGCAAAAUUCUCUCUGCAAUUGCCCAGCUAUUUGAUCCCGCUGAAAAAAAAAUGGGCUCAAAGCAAAUGAAUCUCAACAAGAUUUAUGAGUGCGCCAUCUGUUUGGAGAGGCACUCGCUCCGCUACUGCCGAAUCUUCUGCGGCAUGACGGUGGCAGAUAGGAGGGUGACCGUCCGUAACCACAAAUAUUGUAUGAACUGCCUGGCCCGGAGUCACGAGGUGGAGGACUGCCACUCAGCCGCCACCUGUCGAAAAUGCGGCUACCAGCACCAUACGAUGCUGCACCCACAAAUUCCGGUGCCUCCUACCGCCCUCACACCAGCAUAUGUAAGCCCCAAAGUUGCCAACCGCUACACGAAGAAAGCGACGACUGAAGCCACCCCCAGACGCAAGAAGUUGAGGACAAGAAGCCAACGACCAGAAAUCAAGCCGUCUGAGCUGCUGCAGAAACAGCUGCUCGCUGAGGCGCUGAAAUGUGUGGCAACAGUUAUCUGCGAAGAUGUUGCGUAG